UCGCGCGCCGCCGCCGCCGCCCGCACAGCCCAGCACCGCCGCCGCCGCCGCCGUCGAGGAAGAAGAAGAGGAAGCGACCAGAGCAAACCCGGCGUGCGAAGAUGAAGACGAUCCUGGCGUCGGAGACGAUGGAGAUCCCGGAGGAGGUGACGGUGAAGGUGUCGGCGAAGAUGAUCUCGGUGACGGGUCCCCGGGGGACGCUGACCCGCAACUUCAAGCACCUCAACCUCGACUUCCAGCUGCAGGAAGGCGGGCGGAAGCUCAAGGUGGACGCCUGGUUCGGCACCCGCAAGACCAUGGCCGCCAUCCGCACCGCCAUCUCCCACGUCCAGAACCUCAUCACCGGGGUCACCAAGGGCUUCCGCUACAAGAUGCGCUUCGUCUACGCCCACUUCCCCAUCAACGCCUCCAUCACCGCCGCCAACAAGGGCAUCGAGAUCAGGAACUUCCUCGGCGAGAAGAAGGUAAGGAAAGUAGACAUGCUUGACGGUGUGACGAUCCUGCGGUCCGAGAAAGUUAAGGAUGAGAUUGUCCUGGAUGGCAACGACAUCGAGCUAGUCUCUCGCUCUGCUGCCCUGAUCAACCAGAAAUGCCACGUGAAGAACAAGGACAUCAGGAAGUUCCUGGACGGCAUCUACGUCAGCGACAAGGGCGCCAUCAAGGAAGAGUAGUGUUGUGGUGACCUAUCCAUCCGCAGCCCCUUUGUAGCUGGUAGCAGAAACUGUCCUAGAGUUCUUGGAGCUUGUCGAAACCAAGAUUUACAAGCUGUUUCUUCUUCUUCUUUUUGUUUGGCUUGAGUGAAUCAACGAAAAGUUUGCUGUAGUUUUGUACCGGAUCGAUGUAUCAGGGAUGUCAUGGAACUGGAGCUUGGAGAUGCUGUCUUUACCUGCUGAUAAGACCUCUUGUUAUCUAUGCUGGUUCUGCUUGGACUUCA